UCAUGAACCUGAAACAUAUUCGAAAAAACUACUGACGGAGUUUUCAACCAGCGAACACCAUACGGCCGGCGAAGAUGCAGUUAGUGCCUUCCUAAUGACAGAGGACCGCGCGCAGUGCUACCUGACAACUGCUAUUCGUGCUUUGUCAGUCUCAGCAGCUGAAAUACAAUCUGCAUCCAAGAACGACUCCAUCAUAAAGAGAGCGAUGAAAUACGUCACUAAUGGCUGGCCGCCGACUGGACUCGAUGGUGACUUGAAACAGCUUUACCACCGUCGGGACUCAUUAUGCGUCGUAAACGAAUGCUUGAUGUUUGGAGAUAGAGUAUUGGUACCAAAGUCCUUAAGAUCAAGGGUGCUAAAGCAAUUCCACACUGGUCAUCCUGGUAUAAAACGAAUGAAAUCCAUCGCCAGAAGCUAUGCUUAUUGGCCCCUCAUGGACCAACAUAUCGUGGAUUUAGUAAGCAAAUGCACACAAUGUCAGCAAGCAGCUAAGUGUAACGCGAAAAUACUACCAGUCCCAUGGCCACAGCCUGAGUAUGCCUGGUCCAGGAUACAUGUCAAUUUCGCAGGCCCAAAUAAUGGAAUCACCUAUCUAGUCGUUGUUGACGCCUUUUCGAAAUGGCCAGAAAUCGUUCCCGUCAUGCCACCAACGACAACCCAAACGAUGCAACUGUUGACAGAGAUGUUCUCUCGCAAUGGGUUAUCGGAUAUAAUCGUUUCCGACAACGGUUCGCAAUUCACCUCAAGCCAAUUUCAAGAAUUUUGCAAACGCCUAUCAAUCAAGCAUUUCCGCUCCCCACCUUACCACCCACAGUCAAAUGGACAAGCAGAAAGAUUUGUGGAUACAUUCAAGAGAGCUCUAAUGAAGUCGAAAGGGGAAGGGACGCCAGUAGAAACACUGCAGAAUUUCUUGUUUGUUUACCGAACAACACCUAGUGAUAUGCUACCACAGCAGAAGUCCCCGGCAGAGAUCCUGAUGGGAAGGAAAUUGAGGACGAUCCACAGUCUCAUGUGCCCAAGAACCACACCACCACCAUCUCAGACCAAAUCUCAGAAGCUACCAGCGUACGAGGUUGGAUGCCCUGUGUUCGCUCGAGACUACAGAGCAAAUCAUGGUCCUUGGAUCGAAGCACGUGUGGUUGGAAGACUGGGCCAAGUUAUGUACAAUGUAAAGGUGGGAAGAGACACAUGGACUAGACACCGAAAUCAACUACGUAAGCGGAUAGCCCCAGACAUAUCAACAGGACUAAAUCUUCCUCUCGACAUCUUGCUUGAUACUUUCAACUUACCGGCAACCCUAUCACAAGAAAAACCCCAACAGCAAGCUGAAACACGUCCCAGACGAUGGCCUAUAAGAGAACGGCGAGCUACAGUCAAGAUGCAGGUUGACCCCAGGAAGGCCCGCUAUUAAAAAGGGGAGGAGUGUUGGGGACGAUAGAUCCCCAAACUCAUAUUUUAAAUUUUAUCGCAUCGAUCAACUUAUUGAUUAAAUGUUUAAAUAUUUGUAUUGGGGUCAAUUGAUGAACUGAUCGAUUAAAUGUUUGAAUAGCAGUCAAUUGAUGAACUAUCGAUUAAAUGCGCAAAUAGGUCAAUUGAUGAACUAUCGAUUAAAUGCGCAAAUAGGUCAAUUAAUGAACUCAUUGAUUAAUGUUUAAAAAUUUUCUAUGACAAUAUCGAUUGUAA